GUGAUGACAUCGCUGGCUUCCACAGGGUUGUUUUGGAGGAAGUUAAAGCAGAUCCCGAAACAGAAAGAGAAAAAAAGACCCGUCAUUUAACAGGGGGGGCAAUAACGGUAACAGCACCCGUAUCGGUAUCCCCGAUUCCGGAUUAGUUCACUCACACACUGGCCUAAGCGAUCCAGUGUUCCGCUGGCGACAGGGGCUGAAGUUAUUGUUUGUUUUCUUCAUAAACAUCAGGCUUGUGUAAGGGCACGGUAGCAAUUUAGCUCACAGGCUACACCACAGCACUAAUACAGACUGAUAUUUGCUAGAUCUCCUGCUUUAUAAACCAGCUGUGACACUAUGACAUCAAGGAAGAAAGUUCUUCUGAAGGUGAUCAUUCUUGGAGACUCUGGGGUUGGGAAGACAUCUCUGAUGAACCAGUAUGUGAAUAAGAAGUUCAGUAAUCAGUACAAAGCUACUAUAGGAGCAGAUUUCCUGACAAAAGAAGUGAUGGUUGAUGACCGACUUGUCACAAUGCAGAUAUGGGACACAGCAGGUCAAGAGCGGUUCCAGUCUCUGGGUGUGGCUUUCUACCGUGGUGCCGACUGCUGUGUGCUGGUGUUCGACGUCACUGCCCCAAACACCUUCAAGACACUGGACAGCUGGAGGGAUGAGUUUCUCAUCCAGGCCAGCCCGCGUGACCCAGAGAACUUCCCCUUUGUGGUGCUGGGCAACAAAAUCGAUCUGGAGAAUAGGCAGGUAACAACCAAGCGGGCACAGGCUUGGUGUCAGAGUAAGAACAACAUCCCGUAUUUUGAGACCAGUGCAAAGGAGGCCAUCAAUGUAGAGCAGGCUUUCCAGACCAUCGCGCGCAAUGCACUCAAACAGGAAACCGAAGUGGAGUUAUACAACGAGUUCCCUGAGCCAAUUAAACUAGACCGGAACGAUAGAGCCAAGCCAUCAGCAGAGACUUGUAGCUGCUGAGGACCUCCAGGGGGCGCAACGUUUCACCCUCAGCCUCUCUGGCCUUGUCUCUGCCUCACUCCCUCUCUCUCUUGUGUUCUUUCUUUCACCCCCCCCCCCCCCCUCCCCCGUUCUCCUUCCCUCCCCUUUUACUCGAUAUAAUCACUGGCCUUUGUAGACGAGCAGACUUCCUCUCAUUCAGUAUCCUACACCGUUCUCAUUCACAGCCUUAGACACAAACACACACCCACAUAUGCUCAAGAGGCUCAAUCUGACACCCGUUUUCGUACACGAAUCCCGACACCUCGCCUCACCCAUGUAAAAAGUCCUACUGAAACUCUUCACAACACUUGACUGGCUCUUGAGACUUUUUUAUGAUCCAGUCCCUCAGUGCAAUUGGAAUACGUUUGACGUGAACGCUGAAAGAUGGGGGGUGUAUCAGAGCCGUGCGUUGAUACCAUAACUACCCGCCAUGUUCAACUGCUUCAUCAUUGUGCUUGAAAUAAAAUGGCGGCCUGGCGUAAAGCAUGCUACAUUUGCAUCUUAAAGUCGUGAACCUGAAAACGCUCCUCAGUUUGUGAAGUCCCGAAGCACUGGAGGUCUACCACUGCCCCCGCUUUUACAUCUGAGAACUGCAGUCAGUUAAUCCAGUGUACGCCCAAUCGCUGUCCUCAAAAUGGAACAGGAAAAUAUGAAUAGCGAACCAUGCCAUGGGAAAUUUAGAUACUACAUCUAAAUGAUCUACUAUUCAUAUUAUUAUGACAAUUAGAAUUUCUAUGUAUUUUUUUUUUAUCAUCAAUCCUCAGCAUGACCGAAUCACCGCGAGUCUGCCAUGAACAAGUAGUGGCGUAGACUAUCUCUUGUCGUUUUUGUUUUUUCUUUCUUUCAUAUCUUGCCCGGACUCUACCAGUAGCUCAGGAUGGUAGAGAAUAUAAGUGCUCCGUAUCACUCGGAUCUUUUCCUGUCUGUUUGUUCAUUAUUAUUGUAAUUAUUAUUAUCUGUGUUGCAUUCUAUUCAAAUAAACACACCUAGACGACAUUGGGGGGAAAACUGAAUUUUUCAUGCCAUUUAAUGAAACAAAAUGCACAGCGCAUAUACAUUGUUCAAGAUAAAUGUAUUUCAAAGUAAUGGAAAUAAAAUUAAGUUGUUGAAUAAAACUGGUAUUUUGUGUGUUUGCUGUACAUUGUUAUUAAGAAGUGAACUGGAACUAUUUGAAAAGAACGAAUGAAAUGGGUCUACAAAUCAGCUAUUAUAGGUUACAUAAAUGUUUAUUUUCAUCGUAUAAAAAGGAACAAUACACACUACUACAAACUGACUACUUGGCAAAUGAGAAUUUGGAAAAAUUUAGUAUUACAUUACUUGUUCAUCAAUGGAUCCUCUGCAGUGAAUGGGUGCCGUCAGAAUGAGAGUUCAAACAGGAGAUAAAACAUCACAAUAAUCCACAAAUACAGUAAUCCACACGUCUCCAGUCCAUCAAUUAAAGUCUUCUGAAGUGAAAAGCUGCAUGUUUGUAAUGAACAAAAACCAUCAAGACAUUUUUAACUUCUCUCAAUAAUACUGCUUUCUCUGGUGAAAGCCAUCUUGUCUGAAUCAGGAGAGAAAUAAGCACUGUUCACAAGCAAAAUCAGUUCUAAAUUAUGCUGAUGGAUUUUUUUUGUGAGAGGACAAGUGGGGGUUUUUUCCACUGGAGGAAGCCUUAUUACGGAUUAUGGACUCAUAUUUUGGCCAUAAGUGAUGGUUUAAUGUUAAAAUAUCUCAAUAAUAGUUAAUUUGUUUCUUACAAACACGCAGUUUUUCAAUUCACCUAAUUAAAUUGUAUGGAUUAUUGUGAUGUUUUUAUCGGGUGUUUAAACACUCAUUCUGACGGCACCCAUUCACUUGCACAGGAUCCACUGGUGAUCAAGUGAUGUAAUGCUACAUUUCUCAGGAUUCGUUCUGAUGAAGAAACAUCAUAUACUGUACAGCAAUUUUUCAGUUUUGGGUGAAUUACUACUUUAACAAACAUUUUUAGGCAUGUCAAGGU